AUGCCCGGUGUACCAUCUGGACGUGGAUGCGAAGCGUGUCGCAAACAGAAGAAGAAGUGUGAUCAAGUCCAGCCCUCAUGUUCACGAUGUAUCCGAAUAUCAAUACCAUGCGUAGGUAGUGGAAUUAGGCGCUACAAAUUCAUAUCUGGCUCCAUCGACUCCACCGUAACAACUAGCUCCACAACCACGAAUCACAACAGUGCACUCCGCACUACUCGUAAACAAAUAUUCCGAAUGCCCGGUAACAAAUCUAUUGCCGUGGCAGGAUCAUUUAUAUCCGUUCUGGAAGUGAAAGAUAUUCGCUACGAUAUUGGUGUUUAUGGAGCAUUUCUCACAGAGAUCCCUAAGCGUCUGGGGAGUAGCGCCGCGCUAGAUGCUUCGGUUAAUGCUAUUUCGACGUCAUAUACAUCGAUAUAUUCACGAACGAAACCAGUAGAGGCGCUAGAGAGUUAUGGGAGGGGAUUGAAGGCGCUGAGGGUUGCGUUAAAUGAUCCGAAAGAGGCUACUCAAGCGAAUACUAUUUGUGCGUUUUAUUUGAUGAUGAUUUGCCAGACUUGGAUGGCUCACGGUGAUGAUAAUGCCAAUCAUGGGGAAAUAUUAAUAUAUUUGUUGAAUGCAGCUGCAGCGCAAAAUUGGCAAGGCACCUUUGAAGCAGAACUCUUGGUAACCUUGUGUGUUCCUCUGAUUAUGGAAGGCAUCAGGAACCCCAAGGUUAAGUGGACCCCGGUGAUAGGAAAACUAACCGAAGCUCGAGAUAACGCCGUCGGGAUUGAAAGCCUCAAACUCCAAACCCUGGCCAAAGUCCCAGAAUACUUAAGGUAUCCAGGGGAAUACCUUCCUGAAAUUAAAUCCACAUACAUUAAAAUGAAAAUUGACCUCUCAACCAUGCGGAAUACCCUGGACAAACUCCAUCAAGCCCCACAUUCUAGAACACUACAUUCACGCUUCCAAGCCGCGUAUAGUCUGAUACUUUCAUUUGCCAACUUGUUGAACAGUUUACUUCGUGCCUUAUCGGAAGAUCUUACAUCUUUAAUACCGGAAUCGGUAUGUUAUGUCGAGGAAACCAUCGUCCUUGCUGAAGAAGCACUUGAGUAUCGACCAUUAGGAUCGAGUGCCAUGCCAAUGGUCCUUACAACUGCUUGGGUGGCGACGAGUGAGAUAUCUCGGAGAAUUAGAAUAGAGAAGCUGUUGAUAGACUACCAAUCCGAUUUCGCAAUUAUGAAUUGGAUGGAAGUCGCUUUGUGGCUGGAAGAAAGGUUGCGAGGUAUCCAUCUCUAA